CCCCGCCGCUCCGGAUCUGCGCGCGCGCGCACCCUCAUUUUCCUCCCUUGAUCCACACAUCCAUCCAACAUGGUGCUCCCGACCGCCCUCAUCCAGGCCUGCGUCGGCCUGACUGUGUCCGUCGAGAUGAAGAACGGCCUGGUUUACAACGGUGUCCUGGUGGCCUCGGAUUCCUUCAUGAACAUCACCCUGCGCGACGUCAUCCUCACCACCCGGGAUGCCCGCUUCUUCAAGAUCCCCGAGCUCUACAUCCGCGGGAAUCAGUUCCGAACCGUCCGUGUUUCGGAUGAGGUCAUCGCUUCGAUCGAGGAGCAGAACGCCCGCCGCGCCCAGGCGCGCGAGGCGCGCGAGGCCUCCUCCGCCAUGGCCCCUCGCGACGGCGGCAACCAGACAGGCCGUCGCGAUGGCACCUCCAGCACAUACCGCUCUGGCGGCCGCGGCGGCGGUCGCGGCGGUGGCCGCGGCGGCGGUGCCGGUGGUCGCAACCGUCGGUCCGGCAACAGCUCCGAUUAAGCUACCACGGCCGCUGCGGUUGCUGCGGCCGUUGCUGCGGCCGUUGCUGCGGCCGUUGCUGCUGCGGCUGUUGCUGCUGCUCCCUCCCCCCUGCCCGGCGGCCUCGCCAUCCGUCCUUGUUGCGAUCCUGCGCUUGCCAGUCGCCAGCUUGUGGCUGGCGGCGCAGCGAGCGGCGUGCGUCCCUGCACGCACGCCCUCACGCUUUCCCCCGUCGGGGCGUCAGUUCGUCCUGCCUCUUUCCCCCCCCCCCUCCCCUCAACCUCUUCCCUUGUGUGCCCCUCCCCCCCCCCCCCUC